UUCGACACUGACGUUGUCUCGCCGCAGCACGCAUCCCAACUCCAUCCAUUCCCGCCACGAUGAAGCUAUCCUGGGGUUUUGUCGCCUCCUCGCUGUACUGCGCCGCGGCAGCUGCAAAGAACGGCCACGUGUUUACCUUUGAUGGAACCAAGAGCCACGCCGCGCCAGCGUCAUCGCCCAUCGACCCUGAAACAGCUCGAUUGAUCCUCGCCCAGAGACUCGGCCUGUCGCGAUUCCACUCGAUCAAGGACGCCGAUGCCGAGGCAAUCAAGAACAUCAACACAUACGGAGGGAGACAGCCGCAGCUGUUCGGAGAGGAGGCGGACACAUCAAGGGCCCAGUUGCUCGUAUGGCUAGAGGACGCCGAUGAGAGCCUUGUGACAGAACUCCGCGACGUUUCCACUUCGUCGUUCGAGAUGUCGAGCCCCCCGCCCCCAGCAGAUAACGAGCGCCUCAUUGAGGACUUCACAACACAGGCCGAGUCCCUGCCAAAGCAUGCCGACCCCAAGGCAAAGACGUACUCUGCAAGCAUCGACGCUGACGCUGCGUUGUCUGUGCUCAAGAAGACCACCCUCCACAACGAGUGCUUGACCGUCUUCCGCGCCGAUAAGAACGACAACAUCAAGAGCAACAUCCUCCAGUACACCCUUCCCGGCCUCGCUCAGCGCGGUCUCGAUAUCACUGUCGUCACCAUGCCGCCUUCUUCCGGCAACUCGAAGCGCCGCGUUGUCUCCCCCUACGGCACCUACGCCAUGCCCUCCGCCAUCGAAGCCCGCCGCAACCGCCAGAACCCCGAGGCACUCCUCUCCUUCACCCCCGAGCCUUCCACCUCCCCCAAGGCCGAGUACCCCGACCUCGAGGACUUCCCCGUUCACACUUCGUCCAAGAAGAGCAACGGCACCGUCCGCGGCAUCCUGCCACCCUUCUUCAACUCCCUCGCCUCGUGCGAGAAGACCACGCUCAACUGCUCCGGCCACGGCGAGUGCAAGCUCCUGCACAAGGCUCAAGACAAGACCCAGCAGGACCGCUACGGCUGUGCUUGCUCGCCCACCAUCGUUGGUAAGGGCAACAGCCGCAAGGUUACUAACUGGGGCGGCCCGGCGUGCCAGAAGAAGGACAUCUCCACACCGUUCUGGUUGUUCGUUGGGACCGGCGUUACGCUGGCCUUCCUCGUCUCGACUAUCAUUGGGAUGAUGUACUCGGUUGGCAGCGAGGAGCUGCCGAGUGUCAUUGGUGCUGGUGUUAGUGGGCCUGCGAGGAAGUAGAUGAUGUGAUGCAGAGGAGAUGCCGAUGAGAUGCAGAGGAGAUGCAGAUGAGAUGAGAUGAGAUGCAGAUGAGACGAAAGUCGGCGAGGAUGAGCGAGAUAGGAGGAACUGUAUAUCUGGUGCUUGACACUGCCAUUUCAUUAGACAGCGAAGGGAGCUUGUACGAUGAGACUGGCUGUUUGGGUCAAUAUGGGUACGGCGCUGUAGCAUUGCAUUUUAUUACAUGAGCACAG